GCACCAGCUCGCUACCGCUCCCUGGUGCUCGCUGCUGCUCACUGCUACCACCCGCUCCCGCUCUCUCCCUCCCCCAUGAACUCUGACAUUCGCAGCUUUUUCGGUGCACCAAAAGACAAGUCAGCUGCGUCUGCCUCUGCCUCUGCACCCGCUACGCCCGCGCCUGCAUCCGCGGACGCGUCCGUCUCUCCCCCUCCCUCCCGUCCGCGCGCCCAGAAACGGCGGACCAUUGUCGUCAGCGACGACGACGACGACGAUGCUGGCACCAAACGCACCAAGGUCGAGCCUGCUGCACACACCCCCCGCCGCUCCUCUCCCGUAGUCGUCGUCCCCUCCCCCACGCCCAUGGAUGUGGAGGUGCGCGGGGGCAGCGAAAACGGGGGUGCGCAGGUGGAGUCCAAGCCGGCCCCCACACGCAGGGCUUCUGCCGCUUCAGCAAAGGCGGCGGCGGCGGCACCUGCAGCAGAGGCGAGCAAGGCCAGCACAGCUAGGGCCCCGCGACGACGUGCGGCGCCUGCUGCAGGCGCGCGCACGACGGCUGCUGCUGCUCGCCGCGCUGCUCGGAAUGCUCCGCGCUUCUCUGAAGAUGCUCUGCGCGUCCUCCAGAGCGUGCCCCUCGUGAACGUCGAUUCCAUGGGCGUCAUGGCCGCAGGAACGUUUGCCGACCGGCCGACGACUAUGGGCGAGCAGGGCUCGAAACCCAUUCCCUCUGGCCAGCCCGGCUGUCUCAGCGGUCUCAGCUUUGUCAUUACCGGCAUUCUCGAAACGCUGACGCGACAGGAGGCCGGCGACUUGAUCAAACAGUACGGUGGAAAGGUCACCGGCGCGCCGUCAACAAAAACGGAUUUCGUGGUGCUUGGAGACAAUGCGGGUCCCCGAAAGGUGGAGACGAUCAAGACGCACAACAUCCGUGCCAUCGAUGAGGACGGUUUGCUCUUUCUCAUCAGUCACCUUCCUGAAAACGGCGGCUCCGGAGCAGCUGCUCAGGCUGUCCAGGCCAAGCGCGAGCAGGAACGUGUGAAACUGGAGCAGACGGCGCAGGAGUUUGCACGCGCAGAUGCUGCUCAUGCCGCUAAAAUCAGUGCUACCGGCGAGAACGGCGCCGUUGACUCGCGGCUCUGGACGGACAAGUACGCUCCAACCUCGCUCAAAGACAUCUGCGGCAACAAGGGGCUUGUGCAGAAGCUUCAGUCGUGGCUUCAUUCCUGGCCGAACGCUCGUGCGGCCAAUUUCAGCAGACCGGGUCCCGACGGCCUGGGUCUGUACAGAGCCGUGCUCAUCAGCGGUCCUCCGGGCAUUGGAAAAACGACCGCAGCACAUUUGGUGGCCCAUCUCGAGGACUACGAUGUGCUCGAGUUCAAUGCUAGUGACACUCGAAGCAAGCGGAUGCUUGAUGAGCAUUUGCUCGGCGUCACGGACAGUCGUUCCUUGGCCGGUUACCUACAGGGGCCCGGCGGAAAGCGUCCCGAUGCCAACAAGCAACGGCUUGUGCUGAUUAUGGACGAGGUCGACGGUAUGUCUGCCGGCGACCGAGGCGGCGUCGGCCAGUUGAACACGAUCAUUAAGAAGACCCGGAUACCCAUUAUUUGCAUUUGCAACGACCGCGCUAGUCCCAAGCUCCGUCCUCUCGACCGCACUACGUUCGACAUGCGUUUCCGCCGGCCAGACGCCAAUUCGCUGCGUUCGCGUAUCAUGUCUAUUGCAUACCGCGAGCAGCUGAAGCUUGCACCCGCUGCUGUCGACCAACUCGUACAAGGCACCCACUCCGACAUUCGUCAAAUUAUCAACAUUCUUUCUGCCUGGCGUCUCGGCCAGUCGUCGCUCAGUCCUGCAGAGAGCACGGCCGUCGCCAAGGCUUCUCAAAAACACAUUGUCCUCAAACCAUGGGACAUUUGCAAUCGAUACCUUCAUGGAAACCUUUUCCAUCCUUCCAGCAACGUUUCCAUCAACGACAAACUCGAACUUUACUUUAAUGACCACGAGUUCUCGUACCUCAUGGUGCAGGAGAACUACUUGAGCACGCGUCCCGAUCGUCUGCGUCAAGAACCUCCCAAAAUCGCCAAGCUGAAGCAUCUCGAACUCAUUUCCAAGGCGGCCGAUUCCAUUUCGCAGGCCGACUUGGUCGACAGCCUCAUCCAUGGCUCGCAGCAGCAGUGGUCGCUGAUGCCGACGCAUGCGCUGUUGUCGUGCGUGCGUCCCGCCUCGUUCGUUUCCGGCUUUGGUACCCGGCAAACCGUGUUCACAACAUGGCUUGGUAACAACUCCAAGGGCAACAAGCUCAUGCGCAUGUUGCGUGAGUUGCAAUUACACAUGCGUCUCAAAAUCUCUGCCGACCGCAUCGGCGUUCGCGAGCAGUAUCUCCCGUUGCUCUUCAGCAUGCUGCAUCGUCGUUUUGCGACCGACAAGGGUGAAGCUGUGCCUGACAUGAUUGAGUUGAUGGAUGAAUACUACUUGACACGUGAAGACUUUGAUGCUGUCUCUGAACUCAUGCUGCCGGCCGACCUUGGCGAGCAAGUGCUCAAGGGCGUGCCGUCUGCAGCCAAGUCGGCGUUUACACGCAAGUACAACUCGAUGAGCCAUCCCAUUCCGUUUAUGGGUGCCAGUGACAUUCUGCCUACCAAGGGUCCGAAGACAGUCGAGGCGCCAAACUUGGAAGAUGUUAUUGAAGCCGAAGACGAGAUGGACGACGGCGGUGAUGACGAAGAUGGCGAUGGAAAUAAUGACGAUGAGCUGGACCUUACGAAAGACAAGUUUGUCUCCGUCUCUAAAAAGGGCAAAAAAACUGCUUCAAGAGCUUCAGCAAAGGCUAAGACGGCUGCUAAAACGACACGAGGACGCGGACGAGGCCGAGGUCGGCCUCGUAAGUAGUGGCCAUUGCACAACUAUUGCUACCGCAAAAAGGGGGAAAAAGGGUUACAUCGUACUAACAGCCAAGACAUUCUUCACAUGGUCUCUCUCUUCGUCCCGGUUUCAACGACUCGCCCCAACUUUCCCUACACUUCAUCUCUACAUCCCGUCACUUGUUCCUCUUUAAUGAUUUCUAUGUUAGACCUCUUUUAUCCUUCUCAAUUUCCCAGUCCAUCGUAGAAUUUUUUUUUUCCAAUUUGUAGUUUACCCGUAAAUCCAUCAACAAAAAGCAGCCGCCCAUCCAACAUUGUUGCAAACAUCCUCGUAAUUCUUCGCGCAUCUUCUGCGCUU